AUGGUAAUAGAUAGAGCAUUUGAAAAUAAAUUAGGAGUUAAAAAGAAAAUGUCAGAAGGUUAUUUUCAGCAUUAUUACUAUAAAUAUAGAGCAAUUAUAAUUGUUCGCUAGGUUCUAGUUUUCACUUCGAAUUAACUACUUUUCGUUCUAAAUAUUGAAAUAAUUUAUUUACUUAAUUUUUUUCACUAAUAGAUAGUAGAUUGGAUUUGGAAUAGGAAGAGUUUUACUUUCCAUAUGAGAAUAUUGAAAAAGAGAAUCAAAAAUAAGAUAAAUAAAGAAAAGCAGUGAU